UUUACAGGAGAUUAGUCAGGGUAAGAUUUUCUUCAAAUGUGUAGGGACCAUUGACUGCAAUCGUUGCACUUUGUGGCCUUGGAAUGAAGCAGACGAAUACUCGUUGAAUUGGAUAUGGACAGUAUUCAGGGGCAGUGUAACGACGCUGUGAGAUGGACGGACUUUACAACGCUGACAGAGCUUUACAAGCCUGCCACCGAAGCAGGGAAGCGUCUCCCGAUGUAUGAGCUUGCUGACCUUCAUUUCAGCUGCCAAGUUGCCAGAGAGCUUGCAGAACUUGAACCGCAGGCUCAGAGCGCCGCGGCUUGGAACUUUGAGUGGAGUAAGGGCCAUUUUCGUCUGGAUAAUGCGCUGCUUGGUAAGGGAUACUGCGCGGGUGUAGGGAGGAUUUUUAGUAAAGCGUCGCUUGUUGAGGUGAAUGGCGCUACUCUGAAGAAUGUAACUUAACCCUAGCGCGGGAGCUCAUGGCGGGGUUGUACUUCCGGCAGCUACUCGCAGGGCGGGACUUCGCUGUCAACGCGGGGAAUAUUAUCGAGAGGCAGAUUUUUAGCAGUGCGAAGCAGAUGCAGAAUUAUGUUUACUUGGUAGGGGAUACGAAAACGCGUGAGGCGGUCGUAGUGGAUGCGGCCUGGGAUGUGAAAGGAAUCCGAAGAUUAGCUGCCGCGGACAAUAUGCGGCUGGUUGGAGCUGUGUUGACUCACUAUCAUUUUGAUCACACUGGUGGCACGCCACCACCGCCGUUCGACCAGCUUGGAAUCAAAGUGCCCGGAAUUAGAGAACUCGCGGUCGAGGAUAAGCUUCCCGUGCAUGUGAACAGGAACGACGCAAACACAGUGGUGAAUUCGAACGGCGUUCCUUCUGCAAAUUUGAACCUUCUUGACGACGCCGAUGUGGUGUCUGUUGGCGGUGUGAAGCUGAAGUUUAUUCACACUCCGGGUCAUACACCAGGUAGCCAAUGCAUCUAUAUUGAGCGCCCGCAGCAGGACAUCUUGAUUUCAGGUGACACCCUUUUCAUUGGGAGUUGCGGGCGUCUGGAUUUUCCUGAUUGUGAUGUAAAAGCCAUGUACAAUAGUUUGCAAAAGCUUGCUACUCUACCGGCCACCACUAAAGUUUACCCUGGUCACGAUUAUGGAGGCCCACACACCACCAUAGCUCAGGAACGAGAGCAAGGCUUUCUCAAGCCUAUGGCAGAGAGGCAGUGGUUACGUAUGCAUGGCUAAUAAAUACGCUCUCUACAUCUUGUUUUCUGACAGGCAAUUUUAUGUAGUGUAGUGAGUUUUCUAGGGACUUUGACAUGGUGUUCAGCUGCAAUCUGUUGAAGUUGGGAUUCAAUGUCUAGAAUUCAAGUGAAAAGGUAUACAAUGCUUUAGCCCUUUAACAUAGGGCAGGAUACUGCUUCUGAAGCGUUUUUGUCAUGAAAACCUAGAGUAUGUAAUUUAGUAUGAAUAUUUUGACUAAGUUAUCAAGAUUGUUGAUACGA